AUGAGUUCAGCCAAUGUAUCCACAGACCCCACGGAUCCAAGCACCUACUCCAAACGCGAUUUAUUGUUGUUAACACAGCUCCUCCACAUGAACGGCCUCAUCGAACCAUCAUCGGUGUCGCCCAGCGAGCAGAAACUAGAAUAUGUGUCUCGUGAGUGGUUCGAUCAUGCCAGUACUCAAUUAUCUAUACAACAAGGCCUGCUCAAUCUUGAAGAGUCUCCGUCUGUGGAUGAUAUCUGCCAAUUGUACGAAAGGCUUCUCAGUCAAACCCCAGAUUGCAAGAACACCACAGAUUUGGCCAAUUAUUUCUAUUAUAACCGCAUGGACGAAUUGCAGUCCAAAAUCGACGCGGGCAAGAAGAAGGUUUCUGAUAUACUACAGACCCAAUAG